AUGGCCGACAACGCCGAUUCGAGCGGCGACGCUCAGAUUACCUUCAAGGUCAAGACGUCAGGCGACAGCACCCACACCAUCACCAUGGCCGAGUCGGCUACCGUCCAGGAGCUCAAGAACAAGCUUGCCGGCGACGAUUACGAGAAGAUCCCUGCCGAGCGCCAGCGCCUCAUCUACUCGGGCCGCGUGCUGAAGAACGACGACACCCUGGCCACCUACAAGAUCAAGCCCAACAACACCAUCCACAUGGUCAAGAGCGCUGCCAGCAACCCGUCCCAGACUCCCAGCACCGGCACGCCGGUCCCGCAGGCCGUGCCUUCCAACAUGGCCUCUGGUACGGCCAACAAUCCCCUCGCCGGCCUUACAGGCGCUCGCUUUGCCGGCCACCAGAUGAACCUUCCGGGAAUGGACAUGUUCGGACCCGAUGGAGGCAUGGGACCACCCAUGGACGAGGAGCGCCUGCAGCGCAUGAUGGAGGACCCCAACGUCCAGCAAUCGAUGAACGAAGCCCUCAGCAACCCUGACUUUGUCAACAUGCUCAUCCAGUCGAACCCGAUGCUCCGCAACCUCCCCAACGCCCGCGAAAUCAUCACGUCUCCCUUUAUGCGCCAGAUGAUGACGAACCCGUCCAUGAUGAGCCAAGCUAUGCGGAUGCAGCGUAGCAUGAGUGGCGGGAACCCGGCCUUCCCCGCUCCGGGAGCCACCGAUACGACGCCGUCGGGCGCCCCCUCCAGCAACGAGCAGGGUCAGCAGCAGCAGAACCCGUUCUCGAACCCGUUCGUGCCAUUUGGCGGGAUGGGCGGCGCAGGGGCCAAUGCGAUGCCUGACCCGGCACAGAUGGCCCAGCAGCUGCAGUCGCUCCAGUCCCUCAUGGGUGGCUUGGGCGGCUCCUCCGGUGCCGGCAACGCGGGCGACGCGACCUCGACCUCGACCUCGGGGGUUGAUGCGACACAGCAGCAGCAGCAGCAGCAGCAGGGCAACCAGGCAGCAGCCAACCCAUUUGCUGCCCUGUUUGGACCUCCCGGCGGCGGUCUGGGCGGUAUGGGCGGCGCCGGCGGCGGCCAGGCCAACAACCCGUUCGGCAUGACGCCCGAGAUGAUGCAGCAGAUGAUGCAGAUGAUGGGCGGAGCCGGUGGUGCGACGCAGUCACCGCCCGACAACCGACCUCCCGAGGAGCGUUACGAGGACCAACUGCGUCAGCUCAACGACAUGGGCUUCUUCGACUUUGACAGGAAUGUGGCGGCGCUGAGGAGAAGCGGAGGAAGCGUACAGGGUGCCGUCGAGUACCUGUUGAGCAACUGA